AUGGAAGAAAGUGUCGAUAUGAAUAAAUGUUCAUCAAUAUCAAAAGAAUCAAAACGUCGAUUAUCAGAUAGUGAAAAAGCAGGAAAAAAACCUAUUAAUAAACGUUGUCGUAAACGAUCUUCAAAUGAAAAGAUAAAUGAAAAAAAUCAAAUUCCAAUAUUUACAGAUGCAUUUCUUGAUUUAUUUCGUAAACAAAAAAGUGAAAUACGUUCACUUAAAUUAACUUACAAUCAAUUAUCUGAACGUUUUAAAUUAAAAGAUGCUCAACAAGAACAAAUUCGUUUAGAUAAUCAAAAAAUGCGUUUAGAUAUUGAAGAAAUUUCUCAAAAAAAUUAUUUUUUAAAAAAUCAAAUUGAUCAAAUUCAACAACAAUUUAAAGAAACAUUUCAUCAAGAUAUAAAUAAAGACUUUUUUUUAUAUUUACGUCAACAUCAAAAUGAUCAAGACGACAUCUAUCAUUUGAAAUUAUUUAAAUUAAUUAAUUGA